AUGCUUGCACGUGCAUACUCUCACUACAGUGCUGACAUCCUCACAGACGAGUUCCCUUACCAACCCGAGAACCUCCCUUCAGGCCCGCCGCUGCUCGAUCAAGACGAGUCCAACACCCUCCAAAACUUCUUCAGCGAUCCAGAUCACUAUGGAGGGCCAGACAACCUCUCCGACGCCUUCCUGGCCAACAUGAACACACUACCAGAAACAAGGCUUCACCAGUACGACCAGCUCAACGACUCUCAAUGGAUGUACCCUCUGGACAACCAGUCAUUACCCAUGUCAUAUCCUUCUCAAGAGCAGAGUCUUCAGUUCCAGAACGGAAACUACAAUCAGCGGAUCUUCCAUACACCCAAAGACCCCAAGGACUUGCUUGCUCUUGUGGGCAUUCCAGAAGCAAAUGCAUCUGCAGAUGUACUGCAUGCUGCGUCGACCUUGUUCUCAUACCGCGCAAAUCCCCACCAAAGCCUUGCUUCCGGAAACUUCUCUCAGCCUGUUGCUCAACAGCAGCCUGUUGUGCAAAGCACAAGCCGCCAUGCCUCGUUUCCCUUUUCGGUUCCUACGGCGACUACCUCCUCAGCGCCGCAGUACCCUUCGGCCAACGGUCACUUUCGUGCGUCGUUUGACAAUUCGGCAACGACUUCUCACUCCCAUCCACACUCACACUCCUCCUCAUCUCAUCAAUCCAGCACUCCUAUGUUCCAUUUCGGUACGGACAACAAUUUCCGCCAAACCGGUUACGCCGCUCCCUAUCAAGAUCUUGAAGCAAGCACCAUUCAGCACGUCGAGUUCGCGCGCAACAUGGUCCACUCUUCCAAUGACGCUUUGUCUUCUGUCGAGAAUUCUGUUCCUCACACCCCUGAUUUGAGCAAAGCCGUCCACAAUUACUACCCUGGUAGUAUGCAGGCUCUUACAAGUCUCGCUGAUCAGACUUCUACUGGAGAGUCGGAUCAACCAAAGAACAAGAAGCGUCGCAAGUCCAAGCGUGCAGAUGAACAUGACUUCAACACAACCAGCACUUCUCCUGCUUUCCGUGUCAACAAUUCCAGCCCUGAUGGCGAAAAUACCAUUGCUGACUCUGACGACAACGACCGUGAUGACAGCAUGCCCAAGCCUUCCAACAAGCGUCGCAGAGCUUCCUCUGGUGCAAACAGCAAGCUCGGUAGCAUCGCUCGCAAGAAUCUCACAGAGGAUCAGAAGCGUAGCAAUCACAUUCGCUCUGAGCAGAAACGCCGCAACAUCAUCAAGCAAGGCUAUGAAGAUCUUAACGAACUCGUCCCCAAUCUCAAGACUGGCGGUUUCAGCAAGAGUGCCGUCCUCACCGAGACUACUCGCUUCCUCGAGGAGAUCCACACUGGCAACAACAGCAUGGAGAAUUACUUGCGCAACCUAGCUGCUGAGAAGGGCAUUGCCUUUGACCUAUAA